CAAAAUACAGACUUGUACAAACAAAAACUGAGACAUUUCAAUACAAUAUGGCUUGUAGUCGCACAAACAUAGAAAAUUGAGAACACACGCAUACAGCCCAUCCAUCCAUCCAUCCAUCCAUCCAUCCAUCCAUCCAUCCAUCCAUCCAUCCAUCCAUCCAUCCAUCCAUCCAUCCAUCCAUCCAUCCAUCACAUGCACACCGGACGCUCGAGGAUGAGUGACAACUGGACUUUAGCCUCUUGGCAUGAUUCAUAGAGGACGAAAGUCACAUCUUGAAUAGUUGAUGAGUGCAGAGAGAAAGGGAAGAAGGGUCGGAGGGGAGGAGCAGAAAUAUAUAGAGAGAGAGAGAGAGAUGAGGAAGAGGGAUGGAUGAGAGAGGCCGAGAGGGAGGGAUGAGGGUGGGUAUCAUCCUGCCUCCACGCCGCUUCAUUAAGGUUGAGCUCUUCAUUGGAAAAGUAGCAGGCAGGGAAAAAGAAGAACGGGAAGAAUACAAUGAAGAUGAGGGGCAUAUUUUAAAAAACACUUUUUAAAACAUAGACAUUGCCUCGAAAGAACUGGAAUACAAAUACAAUACAAAGAACGAGAACAAGAAAGGGAAUAAGAAUAUAAAGUAGAGGAAUAAGAACAAGAGGAACAUAAAGAACUGGAAGAAGAGAAUACCGACAAGAAGCCAAAGAAGACAAAUAAAUAGAAGAAAAGAACUGGAAGAAAAAGAACGACGACGAGACAAACUUCAAGAGGAGGAAGACAAGAACUUGAAGAACAACAAGAAGCAGAAGAAUAAAAUCAACUCAAACAAGAAGUACAAGUCUGGAAGAAUAGCUGGAGUCGAGUCGGGAUGGUCCGAUGAGGCGAGCGUUUUGUGCCACGGCGGCCAUGCAGAGACUGAGGGCUCGGGGAACGGCGGCGGCGGCGGCGGCGGCGGGAUGCGAGAGGGCGCCCUGCGGGUGGCGGGCGCUGCUCUUGCCUCAGCAGAACCGCCAAUCUCUCUACAUGUACGGAAGCGAGGUGGCCGUGGAGAAGGAGUGCAUCCGCCAGCUGCAGAGCGGCGUCUUCGUCAUACAUCCCUUCAGCCUCAUGAGGAGCUACUACAUCAUGGGCAUGAUGGCCAUCACCUUCCUCAACUUGAUCGGCAUCCCCAUGGAGAUCGCCUUCCUGGACGGCACCAGCGGGCUAGCCUGGGAAGGCUUUAACGUCUUCUCAGACACGCUCUUCCUCAUCGACGUGGCGCUCAACUUCCGCAUGGGCAUCAUCAGCGAGAACGGAGAGGAAGCCAUCCUAGACAUCAAGCGGAUCCGAGUGUGCUACCUGAGGACGUGGUUCAUCCCCGACGUCAUCGCCGCCUUUCCCAUCGGCUACAUCCUCCUCUUUGCGGAUUUACAUUACCACAGUGAUGACAACCCCUCCAAGACCACCAGGAUGAUGAGGAUCCUCAUGUUUGUACGUAUCCUCAGCCUCAUACGACUGGCACGGGUGUCCAGGCUGGUGCGCUUCUUCAACGAGGUGGAGAAAGUUUCCAACGCAAACUUAGAGGUGGUGCGCCUGUUCUUCCGCAUCCUCUCCCUGUUCAUGAUGAUCUUCUUGCUGUGCCACUGGAACGGUUGCAUCCAGUACUUUGUGCCCAUGCUGGAGGAGUUCCCCACCGACUGCUGGGUCCGUAAGGAGAACCUGAUGAAUGCCACAGUCAUCGUGAAGUACUCUUGGGGGGUCUUCCGAGCUCUCUCGCAGAUGAUCGCGCUGUCUUAUGGAUCCAUGGAUGCUCCCACCAAUUACGUGGAGAUGUGGAUCGUGAUGGUGAGCAUGGUGUCCGGGUGCCUGAUGUACACGGUGCUGGUGGCCAACGCCACCGCCAUGAUCGCCAGCAUCGACCCCGCCGCCAAGGAGUACAAGAGCAAGAUGAGCCGCUUGGAGCACUACAUGACCUUCAUGAAACUCCCGCCAGAGCUGCAAUUGCGCAUCACCAACUACUACCAGGCACGCUACGGAGGGAAAUGGUUUGACGAGAAGGAGGUCAUGCACACCGUGUCGUCUGCCUUGAGGGAGCAAAUCCUGACAGUGAUGUGCAGCCGCCUGCUCAGGAACAUGCCGUUGUUCCGGAACAAAGACGAGAAUGUGCUCAUUAGCAUGGUGCACAGGCUGGACUACGAGGUGUUCCAGGAGGGCGACGUUAUCAUCCGGGAGAACGCGCCGGGAGACCGCAUGUUUUUCAUAGACCACGGUCAGGUGCUGGAGGAGAAAGACGACUUUCACAGGGAGCUCUGCGACGGAGAUUUCUUUGGAGAGGCUUGCGUGCUGACCAGAGGCAAACAUCUGGCCACGGUGAAGGCGCUGACCGACUGCCAGUGUUUCAGUCUGUCCUGGGACGACUUUCAGGAGGUGCUGCAGGCCUACCCGGACCUGCGCAAGGAUUUGGACAAGCUGGUGGAGCUGGAUGCGGGAUUUGCAUGAGGAAAUAGACAUUUCAGACUUGGGGUGGGCAAACCUUUGUGCUCAAGGGCUGCAUUUUUUUUAUUUGAUUUUUUUUAAACCAGCAGAUGGGACAGCUCAUUCAUAGAUGAAUCUUGAAUUCUAUAAAUAUUUAUAUAUUUUAUCAUUCUCAUGCUAUACAGAAUUUGCACAUCAUUUAUUGAUGCAAAAGUAAAAGUGUGUAUUUAGACAAUAAAAGUUAGAAUGUAAAAUAGAUUGGUACAUUGAUUUACAAACGUCCGCAUUUUUUUGAGUUGUCAUAUUAAAGAAGACAGCGGGCCGGCCGGAUUUUGCUCACCCCUGUUUUGGAGGCAUCCCUCCUUUUAAUCAUCACAGCAAUAAUAAUCAAUAAAGAGCAUCAAAUGAUCUCUGUUGUUCCUACGUGAAUAUUGCUGUCUGUGAAAUCUGCACAGAUGGCACAAGCUAUUUUUGGUGAAAGUAAUUAAAUAAAUAAAAGUAAGUACAAAAACAGUCUGGACACUGUCCGCAUUUCAAGGUGCUGUAGUGUAGUUAUCCAAUGAAUUGCUUAAUAACACGUGGCAUGGACUCUUAAGAAAUGUAGAGUAAUGUGGGUUGUAUUAAUAUUAUUGUCAAUGUCCACACGUCAUUUUGAUUGAAUAAAAUUUAUACUUAUUAAUUAUUCAGGGCACUAAGGCAACCCUCAAGAAAUCAAUACCUACAUUUGGUGAUAAUUUCUACACAUUUGUCUUUUUACCUUUGUAAUAAAUCUUUUAAAUUGGAAAA